GAGAUGCCAUUGACUGUCACCGCACACAAGUUUGGUGAAGAUUUAUCAUGGGGUACAAAACUCUGUGCUUUGGAUUCUCCUGUAUUCUAUUUGCUUAUUGUGUUUAUUCGCCUCUUCCAGGAAAUAUUGAAGAACCUUGGAGAGUGAGAUUGGCAGAUACCCUUGUAAAAAUGACUUCACUUUUGGCUACAUUAUUUGAAAACACAGGUCUUAUGAAAUAUGAAGGACUAUUUUCAAUUAUAGCAAAAAUGCACUUUACAAAACCAGUUUCAGAUGAAAACAUUACAGUGAUUGACACAAACUUUAGUGACAUUCCUGUUCGUCUGUACUUGCCAAAAAGGAAAUCUGAAAGACAGAGACCAGCUGUAAUUUUCAUUCAUGGUGGUGCCUUCGUCACAGGAAGCUGCAAGGUGUCAACCUAUGAUGACCUGAACAGAUGGACAGCAAACAAGCUUAAUGCUGUUGUUGUGGGAAUAGACUACAGACUUGCUCCUCAGUAUCCAUUCCCAGCUGCCCUGGAAGACUGUAUUUUUGUGAUCAAGUUCUUUCUCCAGGAUAAAGUGCUUGCAGAAUAUGGAGUGGAUACCACUCGAAUCUGCAUUAUGGGAGACAGUUCUGGGGGAACCUUGGCAGCAACAGUGGUUCAACUGUUACAGAAUGAUCCAGAAUACAAAAACAGAAUUAAGGCACAAGCCUUGAUAUACCCUGGCCUGCAGUUGAUUGACACCCUUCUGCCAUCUCAUCGAGAGUAUGAACAUGGUCCAAUUCUGUCCAGAGAGAUGACAGUUAAGUUGGCGUGCCUGUAUGUGGCUGAAGACAAAGCUCUGCUCCAGGCUGCACUGAGAAAUGAACACAUGCCUGAAGGAUCAAGACACCUGUUCAAGUUUGUUAACUGGAGUGACUUCCUUCCUGAGAAGUUUAAAAAGAACCAUAUUUACACUGAGCCCAUUCUUGGAAAACUGAAUGGUUCCUAUCCAGCACUUAUGGAUAGCAGGAUGUCCCCUUCGCUAGCCAGUGACUCCCAGUUACAGAGUUUGCCUCUGACCUACAUCAUCACUUGUGAACAUGACUUUGUAAGAGAUGAUGGUCUCAUGUAUGUAACACGGCUUAGAAAUGUUGGGGUUCCAGUUACUCAUGACCACAUAGAGGAAGGAAUCCAUGGAGCCAUGUCAUUUACCAGAGCUCCAGUGUUUCUACAGCUAGGACUAAGAAUGAGAGAUAGGUAUAUUAGUUGGUUAGAAGAAAAUCUAUAAAUCAAUGAUACAUGUAGCUAGGUCUUCAGUAAAGUGUCCGGAAAGUUAUGUUUUGAACUAUUAUAUUAUGAAUGAGAACAAAAUGAUCUGGCUUUUAGAUAAUGCCACAUUUCAAUUUGAAUGAAGAGUAAUGUAUAUGUCUGAAAAAGUUACUUCAUUUUCUCAGUCUUAGAAAUAUUGCUAAAAUGAUGAUAUUCACUUCAAUAUUCCCAUUAAUUACUAUGUGUUAGGAAAGAUGUACUCUGAGUAUUCAAAAAUGUUAGGAUAAUACAAAAAGCAAUGUGAUGAGACUCAAGGCUGUGAUAUGAAUGGAGUCAUGAAGAGUGGGUGGGUUGGCAUAUUACUAUGCAGCAUUCUCAAGGAAAUAAGGCAGGCAGAUUUCUGUGAGUUCAAGAUCAGCCUGGUGUUGUAGCUAAUUCUCAUCCACUCAUUGCUCUACAGAGGCUUGCAGUCUCAAAACUAUGAAUGAGGAGAAAAUCCAAUAAAGAACUAUUGCAAUGACA